CAGAUAAAUCUUAUAGCAGGUGAAGAAUCUGCAAUAUCAAAUAAUGUAUACAGUGAAAGCAGCGGGAACCAUUUGUCCUAGUCCUAGUAUUCAAACUCAUCAUAAUUUAUAAUCAAUUUCAAUUAAAAUAUAAUAAAACAAUGUUAUCAUACUAUGCUCGUCAUACUAAACUUAUUGAUCCAUACUUUCAAUCAUAUUCAUUUAUCCAAUGGUCCACAUUCGGUAGUUCGUUCAGAUCACCAUUAAAUUUUUCACAAUGCACCGAUUGUUCACUUCCUUUUUGGUUUAAUCAUAUAGAUAUAAUGAUUUAAUCUAGAUAGUAAUUAGAAAAAUUGACUUAUGUCGCAUGUUCGAACAGUUCAAUUGCACUGACUACCGGUAGCGCACUUUAUUCUGCGUUAGAAAAAGUUAGAUAAGGCCCAAUUUCGCUGCGAUUUUGUUGGGUUGAAGAGGAGAGAAAAAAGGAAGAGAAUUCCUAAACUGACCACGUCUUGUCUACAACGCACUCGGGCAGUCGGUCUUCAGGUAUCUAAAUAGCAGCUGCCGGUGUCAGCCUUUGUGAUUCUACCUCAUUCCUUUCUCCGCAACUGUAAAUUGACGACGUCAUCACCGCGGGGCAACUCUUUGGUGGCCAUUUUCAUUCGGGCCAGACGCAUCACGAGGUGAAGAGUCUACGAACGUGGCUCUGUAAAGCCAUUGCUCUUCAAAUUUUAGUCUUAAGUUUUUUUUACAUCACUUAUUUUCCAGUUUUGGUAAUCUGAUCAGUGUUGAAUUUUCGUGUCGUUUGCAAGGAUAAUAAAUCCAUCGAUACGCCCAAAAAAAUGAGAAUUAACAAUACUGCCGACAGUUGAAGUGAGUUAACCGAAGACAGUGCAGAUUUCAAGACGUGACCGGAAAAGGGGAAGUUUUGAAAUUUUGAGAACGACAACUUGAAUAACAGUGGAGGAAAACGUUAAGGAAAAAAUAUCGUGUACAUUUGUGCAACACUGGGAUACCUCGUACGUCGUAAAGACGUCGAAUUGAUGUCCGGGCAAAUUUCAAAUACCAAUUUAAUUGUCAUUUGUUCAAUUGUAUCCUCGAGUUUGAUGUAAUAUUAGUUCAGAAAUUUAAUUUAUUUCGAUUGAUCCAUGUCUGGAUUCAGCAAUGAGUGGAUUUCUUGAUGAUCAUUGACGGAGUUUGUAUCGACGCAUCUCGUUUUUGGAUUACAGUAUUUUUGUUUUCGAAAUGCGGAUCACAUCCUUACCAAAGAUGCAGUAUUACGACGCGACGUGAGGGAAAUAUUUGUUCACUCUGGUCAUGACCUGCGAAAGAAGAGAUAACGAAAUCGAAAUAUAUUGCGAUAGUAUUCGUAGCAGAAAAAAAAUAGAAAAAAAAAUUAUCACAAAAUUCCAGUGGUUUGACAUUCGGUAUAAGAUACAGAAAUUAAUCAUUUAGACAAGUUAGUAUCAGUAAAGUCGGUGGGCAGAUUUCAUCUAGUUUGAAAUGUUGGUUCCAAAGUUGAGAAAGUUAUCCCGCAUCUGGCCCAUUCUCUUAUCAAUCGGGAUCAUAAUUAGCUUGUUCAUCAUUUGGCCGAGGAGUCAGCCAGAAAAAUAUCCUCGAGAUGAUCCGGACUACGUAUCCCUGCGAUUACUGGAAGGUCAAAAGAGUUACGUGGACAAUCGUGGCAUUCAAGUGGUGGUUGGUCACUACAUCGGAGAUUCGGUGGACACCCUUCAAAACCCCAAUAUCACUGAAGAUUUAUUUUCAGAUCUGAUUAAUAAGAAUAUGUUCAACCCGCGACCCUACGAAGGAAAAGAUGGCAAUCCCGUAAUGAUACCACCUAAGGAUUUCCUACUCAUGAAGCAACUCUUCCAUAUAAACAGGUUCAACCUGAUGGCCAGCGAUCGCAUACCCCUCAACAGAACGCUACCAGACGUUAGAAAAAAAAUGUGCAUCUCGCGAUAUUCAGGGUCAAAGCAUUUGCCGUCGACCUCGGUGAUUAUAGUAUUUCACAACGAGGCAUGGAGCACGUUAUUGAGGACAGUUCACAGCGUCAUAGGCCGAUCCCCGAGGCAUCUCUUGCACGAAAUCAUCCUAGUCGAUGACUUCAGUGACCGAGAUUUUCUGGGAGCACCGCUGGACGAGUACGUCAAGCGUUUGGAGGUACCCACGAAAGUACUGAGGGCGGAAAAAAGGAUUGGUUUGGUCAACGCCAGACUCAUGGGGGCUGGUGAUGCUACCGGACAAAUUCUGACGUUUUUGGAUGCGCAUUGCGAAUGCACCGUUGGUUGGCUCGAACCCCUUUUGACGUCCGUCGCCGAGGACAGAAAGAGACUAGUCUCUCCAGUCAUCGAUAUCAUCAACGACGACACUUUCGCGUACACAAGAUCCUUCGAAAUGCACUGGGGUGCUUUCAACUGGGAUUUACAUUUUCGGUGGCUCACAUUGGGCGGUUCAAAACUGGAACAACGUCGCGGUGACAUUGUGGCGCCUUUCAAGACGCCAGCAAUGGCGGGUGGUCUUUUUUCCAUGGAUAGGGAGUACUUCUUCGAACUGGGUGGCUACGACGACCAAAUGCAAAUCUGGGGCGGUGAAAACCUCGAACUUUCGUUCAGAGCUUGGCAGUGCGGUGGGAGCGUUGAAAUCGCGCCUUGCUCUCACGUUGGACACUUGUUCAGAAAAUCUUCCCCUUACACUUUCCCAGGUGGGGUUGGAGAGAUCCUCUAUUCAAACCUGGCGCGGGUUGCUUUGGUUUGGAUGGACGAAUGGGCGGAAUUCUACUUCAAGUUUAAUCCUGAAGCUGACCGGGUCAGGGACAAGCAACAGAUCAGAGCGCGACUGGCUCUCCGAGAACAACUUCAGUGUAAAAACUUCGAAUGGUACCUGGACAACGUUUGGCCACAGCAUUUUUUCCCUAAGGAUGACCGGUUCUUCGGAAAGAUCAUCCACUCAAAGACGAAAGCUUGUCUGAUGCGUCCACCCGCAAAGGGGACUUAUGCGCAACCCUUUGGUUCCGCCAUUCUUGAACCCUGCUUUCCGACCCCCCAGCUUAUUCAGAUGUUCGUCAUGACCCCUGAAGGUGUGAUCGUCACCGACGAGAGCAUCUGUCUCGACGCACCCGAACGAGACACUCACCACGAAAAACCGAAAGUCAGAAUAACUGCCUGCAGCGGUCAGCGAAGACAAAAGUGGCACUAUGAUAUUCAGACGAAAACUAUGGUGCACAUUGGCUCUAAAAUGUGCCUCCAACCCGCCGCCAAAAAAGAGGAAGGUCUGGUCAUCUCGACUUGCAAUGCAAACGUGGAACAGCAAUGGGACUUGGAGGCCGUCCCUUGGAAGUAAAUCGACGAAUGGUUGAUAUUUUUCGUAAAUGAAAGCUCGGAAAACUUA